UGACGGGCUUGUUCUAUCUAUAUAGUGCUGGAAUAAUAGCUGUUGCGAGGGUGCGGCCUGUCAAGAUAAAAGAAAUCUACCUCUGGUCUGAUCUCUUCUACAUUCAUUCACAGCGACAUUCACACUCAUCAACACCUGAUAUAGCUCCUCCACUGACCUGGUGAGCCUCGUUUGAUCGUACCGCCUAUGAUUAAUAAAAAUGGCUAGUACUCUGUUACCAGAAAUACAGCUAAAGGACCCGGUACAGGAUUUUGAACUUUUGUCCCAGAUAGGGUCCGGGGGCUAUGGAGUAGUAUAUAAGGCAAAGACUGUGUCUGAUGGUCAGUUAUGUGCAUUGAAAAUUAUUAAGAUAAAGGCUGGUGAAGAUUUCAAUCUGAUACAGAAGGAGAUUUCAAUUCUCUCUCAUUGUAAACAUCCGAAUAUCGUUGGAUAUUAUAGCUCUUACCUCAGAAAGGAUAAGCUUUGGAUAUCAAUGGAGUUCUGUGAAGCUGGUUCCUUGUACAACAUGAUGCAUGUUCAGCACUCUGGUUUAAACGAGCUACAAAUUGCUUUCGUUUGUAAGGAAACACUUCAGGGUCUUACUUACCUUCAUGAGAGAAAUAUUCUUCAUCGCGACAUUAAAAGUGCUAAUAUAUUAUUGACUCACGACACUGUAGUCAAAUUAGCUGAUUUUGGUAUUGCUACUCAAUUGACACAGACAAUGGGGAAAAGAAAGACAUUUAUUGGGACGCCAUAUUGGAUGGCUCCUGAAGUAGCAGCUGUUGAUAAAAAAGGCGGUUACAAUCAGAAAUGCGACAUAUGGUCAUUGGGAAUUACUGCCAUUGAAUUGGCUGAAAUGCAGCCGCCCAUGAAUGAUCUUCAUCCAUUCAGAGCACUGCAACUCCUCACGAAGCGUGCAUUCCAGCCGCCUGGGCUCCAGCAUAAGAACAAAUGGAGCAACAAUUUUCACGAUUUCAUCUCGCACUGUUUGAAGAAAGAUACCAGCAAAAGACCCACUGCCAGGGAUCUUUUAAAAGAUGAUUUUGUUAAACGGGAUCUGUCUGGUUUAUUAAUGGGGCCUUUGAUGAAAGCAUUUGAAGCGUCUUCAACCGCUUCAGCACCACCUGAUGAUCAGUCAGAUUUCGAACUAGGACAACCAAGAAAAAGGAUUGCCUCAAUUGCUAGAAAGAAGACUGCAGGUCAGGCCUCUACACUAGCAAUUCCAGGCCUCCAAUUGACUCCAACGAAAGGAACACUACAAGAAGCAAUUCCAGCCUGGUUAGAAGUGGUAGCUGAAUCUAACGACAGGAAAGGAAUAAAGCCAACUACUUCUCCUCCAUGUACCUCUCCCGUUGAUACUACUCUGAGGUCAAUAGCUAAUGGAGGAGUGGCUAAUGGAGGAGUAGAAGAGAGAGGAAGGGCUUGUUUCACUAAAAUAUUCAAAGGAUGUCCUCUUCAAGUCCACUGUGCAGGAUCAUGGAUCCAUCCUAUCAGAGAAGUUCUUUUUGUGUUGCUUGGAACCCAGGAAGGUUUGUUUUACUUACAAGUUAACAGAGAGGGCGAUCCAAUCAUAGAGCAGAUGUCUCCAAGGAGUUGUCUUUGGUUACGGGUUGUUGAGAAUGUGCUCGUAUGGCUAUCAGAUUCAGACCAUAUGAUAUCAAUGACAAACCUCAUAUUACUCUUUCAAAAUGAGCAAGAGAUAGCAGCUAGAAGAGGAGGAGGAGGAGGAGGAAAAGAUGGAGAAACUUUCAGGAGAAAUAGAAGGAUUAGGCACUCAUCAAAGAUAAAGGACUCAAUAGGUUGCUUCAAGUGCAGCAUAGUUGUCAAUCCUUACAAUAAGGAAAAGUAUUUGAUUGCUGCCGUGCCUAAAGGAAUAUUAUUAAUGCAGUGGUAUCAGAUUAGUCAUGCGUUUAUGCUCGUCAAACUCUUUGAGUGCUCUCUGCCUUCACCCCUGGUUCUCUUUGAGGCUUUUGUGCUCACUCAAGAAGACGAAUAUCCAACUAUUUGUGUUGGAGUGAAUACUUCUACUGGUGAUAAUGUACUGUUUAAUACCAUAUCUCUUAAUCCAAGCAGCUCCUCCAUUACUGUAUCUCAUAACAGUGACAUCACGAAACUCGAGCAAGUUGAGAAAGAUACCAUAUUAAUACUUGAUUCUCAUUGUGCCAAGUUUGUAGAUAUUUCCGGAUCUCUUAAAGCACCUGAGGAAAAGAUGGCAUCAUCUCUGUACUUUGAUAAAGAAUCAGUCAUGAUGGUGUAUCUACAAAACUAUGUGCUAAGCUUCAAUGAUCAUGGCUUGCAAGGAAAAUCGUUGCUAACAGAACAAGUCACAGCCGAAGUGAUUGAUCAUUCCAAAAAGUUCAAGCUCUUGUGCUCUGACGGGACAAUUAUUGUUGAGACAAAACGAGCUGAUAAUCCAUCGUACCCUUCUAGUUUAUAUUUACUGGAAUCAGAAGAAGCAACUUGAUUAAAAAUUUUUUUCUUAUUAUUGAUUUUUAUGUAACUCUCACACAUGUAAGUCACUUUUAUCAAGUUUUAUUAUUACUACUAUUAUUAUUAUUAUUAAUAUUAUUUAUAUAACGCAUAACUGUGAUUGAAGCUAAGAAA